ACAGACAAUAUGGGUCGCGUGAUCCGUAACCAGAGGAAGGGCCGUGGCUCCAUUUUCACGGCCAACACCCGUCUUAACAAGGCCCCUGCCCAAUUCCGCACUCUCGACUACUCCGAGCGACAUGGAUACGUCCGAGGUGUGGUGAAGGAGAUCAUCCACGACGCUGGACGUGGUGCGCCUUUGGCCAAGGUCUCUUUCCGCCAUCCAUACCGCUUCAAGAAGAUCACCGAGACCUUCAUCGCCAACGAGGGCAUGUACACUGGUCAAUUCAUCUACGCUGGCAAGAACGCCGGUCUGACUGUGGGCAACGUCCUCCCUCUCGGCUCCGUCCCCGAAGGUACCGUCGUCAGCAACGUUGAGGAGAAGAUUGGCGACCGUGGCGCUCUCGGCCGCACUUCUGGCAACUACGUUACCGUCAUCGGCCACAACCCUGACGAGGGCAAGACCCGUGUCAAGCUCCCUUCUGGUUCCAAGAAGGUCGUGAGCAGCAAGUCUCGUGGCAUGAUUGGAAUCGUUGCCGGUGGUGGUCGUACCGACAAGCCUUUGCUUAAGGCUUCUCGCGCCAAGCACAAGUUUGCCGUCAAGCGCAACUCCUGGCCCAAGACUCGUGGUGUUGCCAUGAACCCCGUCGAUCACCCUCACGGUGGUGGUAACCACCAACAUAUUGGUAAAGCCUCUACCAUCUCCCGUUACGCCGCCCAAGGUCAAAAAGCCGGUCUUAUCGCUGCCCGCAGAACAGGUCUGUUGCGCGUCGGGACUUGCCAGCGCCAAUGCCAGCGCCAAUGCCAGCGCCAAUGCGAAGCUUCUAUUUCUGACCACAUCAAACCCCCCGCAGCUAGAGAUGUGACAAUGAGCAAGCGGGCCCUUGAGGAAUCCGCGUCUGGCUCGCCGGAACCCGUCGCCGGCGGAAACAUUUCAAUCAACGAGCUUUUGGCAAACUCCGAAGACCCAGAGUUCCAGGGACCUGGGUCUAAAAAGCCUAGAAAUUUCAUUGCUUCAGUGGCUUGCGAAAACUGUCGUCUGAAAAAGACAAGAUGCGAUGAGUCACGGCCCAAAUGCGGCUUGUGCAAAGCCCUAGGGCUCGACUGUGUAUACAGUGAACGAAAGCUGUCUAAAAAGGACCAGUCGAUUGGCAUGAUCAUCAGCACGUUGCAUCGCAUUGAAACAAAGCUGGAAAAUUUGCCAUCUGCCAUCUCCGCAGACGCCUUGCAAAACCACCACGUCUCUCAAACGGCGACAGAGAACGGGGGUGCCCUUGCGCAUGCGAGAACUCGGUCGCAGACGGUCUCGCAAACUACCACGCCGGCUGCUGCGGCUGGCGGUACUGGUGCUGCUCUAGUUGACGUAGAGGCUCGAGGAUCUACCGAUAGCAGAGAUCUUUCCAUCUCUUUCAGUCAGCACGGAGUCGUCAUCUGGCCCGGUGUCGGCCAAUGUUUGCCCGAGAGGUUUUUCCUCUCGUACAACCAGCUAGGGAGGAACUAUGUCCUGGAUCUUGAAAUGAAUAGGCCGUUUCUUCCCCCCUGGGUGCACGGAUUUCCUUCACAUGAUGGAGAGAGUUGGCUGGAAGGGCUGCCCGUUGCCUUGGCCAAGGGACUCUGCGAGGCCUUUUUUGCACUGUUCCAUCCUUUUACUCCAUUCAUGGACAAACACUUUUUCUUCUCGUUCACGCUGGGGGUGGCCAUGAAGGAUGGGUUCGGCUUUACGAUUGAAACGUGCUUGGUGCUGAAUGUAAUGGCAUUGGGCUGUCUAGCAGUGCGUGCCUAUGAAGAGGCAGACUUUCCAUUGCCAGGCGCAGCCGGAGACCACUUCGAGAUGCCGAGCUGGAUGGACGUGACGGGGGAAGAGCCGUCUGGUCUGUGCUUUUUCAAUGAGGCUCGAAAACGAAUAGGCUUCCUUAUAGAGAGGAACGAUCUACCAAGCUGUCAAUAUUAUCUUUUAUCAGCCAUGUAUUAUACGCAAAUCAUCCGUCCCUUGGACUCUGGCGCAAUGCUCAACCGAGCAGCGGCUUGUCUCAGUUUUAUGCUAGCCAAUCGCGAUAUCAAUUAUAAUGAAUGGGAAGGUGAUAUGAAAUCGAGGGUGUUUUGGAAUACUGUCAUGUAUGAAACGAUCCUCGUUCAAGAAUUAGACCUCCCACCUAGUGGCCUUUCUCGACUAGAAGAUUACGUCCCUAUACCGAAAUUUAUUCCUUUCCAGCCCGUCGGGUUGUCGUCCAGUCUUGCUUCAGCACACGAUCCGGACGACUCGUACUUUCAUCAGUGCCAUUUUCUGGCUCAGAUAGCCAACCGGAUCAUUCUCACUCGCAUCAGACAUAGCUUGUAUUUGUUUUCCGAGUCCGGAAGCCUUCCUAGCCCAGCAGUCACCGCCGAACUGCACAACCAGGUCGAGCAGUGGCGCACCAAUUUACCUUCAGCUAUCCAAUUUUCCAAUUCACACAACAGCGACGACCCCCCUAUCAUCCACGAGCCACGAACCCCAUCUUCCCUGGCCGCCGCAAUCGCCGAUGCGAUGCUGCAAGCGCGGUACAGGAUAUGCAAGUUCCACAUCGGCCGGCCAUAUCUGUAUAAAGCUCUGCGUGCGCCGACUUUACUUACCGAAGAGGAUCUUGAGCAGAUCCGCAGCGGGCUGAAGUAUGCCAUGGACUGGCCCAUGGUCCGCGGCGUGUUUCAGCAGAUGAAGAGCUGCAUUCCGAUCAAGUUUGCGUUUUGUUCACAAUUCUUCGGCCAGUUGUUGAUCUUUUAUUGUAUUUCACAUUCGUCGGAUGCCAGGCUCCGAGCAACCCUCCCCGGGGGCUGGGAACGGUGGCAUUCCGAAAUGAUAGACUUUUUGGCCUCGUGUGCUCCAUUUAGCCCAGCGAUUGCACAGGACCUAGAAUUAGUGCGGUUGUUAUAG